GUGUGUACUGCAAAACAAAUAAAAAAACACACACACACACAACCAUCAAAGCUAACAGCACACUAAACGCGGUGCAAACAACAUCGCCAUCGGAGCAUAACUGCGGCCAAAAAAAAAAAAAGGGAGAGAAAACAACAAAAAACCAACAACUGUGAGAUGACUGUGCAGAGUUGUGAAAUCGCCGCGUCAUAAUCGUGCGAAGCUCACACCGAUAAAGGUUUUGGAUGUUUCCGGAGUGCAUCUGCUAUUUACCACCUUGCGGCAUCGAGUGCUAGCAAACUCCCUCCCGGUAACCGGUACUUGCUGUUUUGUUUUUAUCUCCUUAAAUCCACCUUAUCGGUUCGACCCUUCCCUACCCAUCGCCAUAAAACACACUCGCUCGGGAUACGAUGCAGAGCAAGGGCGAGAUCGCUAAAAUCGUCGGCGCGGUGCUGCUGCCCCAGCUGGGCGGGUUCGUCAAUGGGAAGCUCACGCGGACGCAGAUCACCGAAUGGUACAACCACCUGAACUUCCCGUGGUUCAAGCCCCCGAACUGGCUGUUUGCGCCGGUGUGGACCGCACUGUACUCUGGCAUGGGGUACGCCUCGUACCUGGUGUGGAAGACGGGCGGCGGCUUCGGCGGCCCGGCCCAGCUGCCGCUCGCCCUGUACGGCACCCAGCUCGCGCUCAACUGGGCCUGGACGCCGAUCUUUUUCGGCCUGCACCAGCUCAAAUGGAGCGUGGUGGAAAUUCUGGCCCUCACCGGCUCGGUCGCGGCAACCGGUGUAGCGUUCUACCGGAUCAACCCGCUCGCCGGCUACCUGUUCGUGCCGUACUUUGCCUGGUGCGCCUUUGCCAGCGCGCUUAACUACCAGAUCUACAGUCUGAACACGUCGCCGGCCUCGACCGCCACGAUCGAGGAGGUGACCGACGAUGCUAAGAGCAAGUAAGGCAAGCAGGCCGAGCCACGGUGUGGUGCGGUAACCUUUCCGAAACAGCAUUCAUCAGCACGCAGCGCACACACAUACAUAACAUCGCCAAUAAAGUCACGCUACCUCCUCCCGAUCAAACGCUCCCGUCGACCAGUCCGGGCACGCUGUCCCUAUCGGUGAGUGUCCCGGGGCCUCUUGUUGGAGCCUCUCAGCUGUUUGCAUUGGUACGAAUAUUAUCACUGGAAAGUGGAAGGCAUGUCCAGGACCUUUAGGAAAGCAGGAGCAGGGGAGUCCUAAGAAUAUGUUGAGGCAUUUUUUUUACUGUAAUUUAUUUACAAGAAUGCUUUCGGAAGCAAAUAAAACGCGUAAAUAUUGACAAAA